AUAAUAUUUUUUAUCAACUUUUAAUAGUUUAUUAAUUUAUUCAUUAAUUAUUUCUUAACAAUUACAAUUUAUUGUUAUUGUAUAGAGUCAUUAAUUGGAUGAUUUAAUUAAUUGUAAAUUGUUGAUGUAAUUAUAUUGUUAUAAAAAGAUGGCUUAACUGACGUCUGGUCAAACGAUGAAAAUAACAUUUUUUUUUUUCUUUUUUUUUUCUUUUAAUAAAGAAAUUUAUUAAAUUGAAUUUAUAAUGUUUUAUUCAUUUCAUUUUUUCCUAUCCUUUUGAUAUAUUGUUAGUUAAUAAAUAAUUAUGUAAAAAAUGAAAUCAAUAUAUAUUUUUUGGUGAUAAAUCAAUAAGAGCAUCUGUUACAAUUUGCUGUAUCAACAUCAAGCUUCAAUAAUUUAUUGUAGAGGCGCUGCUGAAAGUUGUGGUGGCACAAAAAUAAAAAAAAGAGACAAGUCAAAUAAAAUUUGUAAUUUGUCAUAAAUAAUGGCAGAAUUAUUACUUGAUCCAAAUAUUCGAGGAUGGGUAUUUCUUCCAAUUGUUGUAAUAACAUUUCUUGUUGGAAUAAUACGUCAUUAUGUAUCAAUAUUAAUCGCAUCACAAAAGAAAGUUGAAGUUCUUCAGGUUCAAGAUAGUCAAGUUAUGAUAAGAUCUCGGUUACUUCGUGAAAAUGGACAGUACAUUCCAAAAUCAGCAUUUUUAGCUAGAAGACAUUUUUUUAAUAAUGAAGAAACUGGUUAUUUCAAGACACAAAAAAGAGCACCAGUAUCACAAAAUCCAAUGACAGAUCCAAGUAUGAUGACAGAUAUGUUAAAAGGAAAUGUAACAAAUGUCUUGCCAAUGGUACUCAUUGGUGGUUGGAUUAAUUGGAUGUUUUCUGGUUUUGUUACAACAAAAGUACCAUUUCCAUUGACUUUGAGAUUUAAACCAAUGUUACAAAGAGGUGUUGAACUUGUAACACUUGAUGCUGCUUGGGUAUCAUCAGCAUCAUGGUAUUUUUUAAAUGUAUUUGGACUUAGAUCAAUUUAUACACUUGUACUUGGUGAAAAUAAUGCUGCUGAUUCAUCAAGAGUAUUACAAGAUCAAGUUGCUGGUGCUGCAAUGUCAAUGCCACCAGAUCCAAAAGUUGCAUUUAAAUCAGAAUGGGAAGCACUUGAAAUAUGUGAACAUAAUUGGGCUCUUCAAGGUGUUGAUCUUGAAUUAAUUGGUGCACAAGAUAAAAAUGAUGCUAGUGAAAAUAUUUAUCAUCAAACAAAUUAA